CGCAGCACUGACACCAACGGCCUGCCUUCUGCUUCGGGCUUCUCAGUAGCCAUGUCCCGGCUUUCUGUGCUGCUGCUUGGCCCGUUUCUAAUCGGGUCAGCGUUGUCCAUUUCUUUUAAUUUGCCUGUAAACUCCAGAAAAUGCUUAAGAGAAGAAAUCCACAAAGACGUUUUAGUGACCGGAGAGUACGAGAUAACCGAACAGCCCAAUACUAAAACCAACCUAAAGAUCACAGAUUCCUCUGGUCAUAUCCUUUACACAAGAGAUGAUGCCUCCAAAGGGAAAUUUGCCUUUACUACAGAGGACUAUGACAUGUUUGAAGUUUGUUUUGAGAGCAAGUUGCCAAUGGGAACUGGGCGGGUUAACGACCAGGUGGUCACUUUAGACAUGAAACAUGGAGUGGAGGCAAAAAAUUAUGAGGAGAUUGCUAAAGUAGAGAAACUGAAGCCACUGGAAGUAGAGCUACGUCGAUUGGAAGAUCUCUCUGAAUCAAUUGUUAACGAUUUUGCAUAUAUGAAGAAACGAGAAGAGGAGAUGAGAGACACAAAUGAGUCGACCAACACCCGUGUGCUGUAUUUCAGCAUUUUCUCCAUGUGCUGUUUAAUUGGACUGGCAACUUGGCAAGUCUUCUAUCUGCGGCGCUUUUUCAAAGCAAAGAAACUAAUUGAGUAAAAUCUGAGGAUUUCACCAUGAAAUAAAUACACACAAGGCUUUGCUUGGCAUAGCAAGUGGCUGGUGACUUUAACAUAAAGUAGCUUGGGGAGUUCAUUCAAGGGGUCUGGGAACAGAAAGUGCUAAAUGAGAUCCUGCAGAAAGGGAUUUGGCUUACCACUCAAAAGCUUAAUUGUUCUCAGCUUUGUUUACUAGUUUCACAAAAUGGUAACAUCAUUGUUGGGAUCUUUAUGGGUUUUUGUAAAUAAUUUAUUUCAAAUAUUUUAUGUUCAGCAAUUCUUUCAUUGGGUGAAUAAUUGGGUUGCAAUUACACAUCUGUUAACAAAUUGGAUUUGCCUUCCCCCUUUUGUCUUUCAAAUCCGACUUGCUACAGUGAAAUCUGGAAGACGCAUAUAUUUAAAGUGUGCGAAAACAUGGGAAAAAAGAAUUAUCACAACACUUGGCCAUUUUAUUUUUGGCAUCUCUCCUACUGCAAGGAAUGGAAAUCCUUGACCGACCUUUAUUGCAUAGAAUUCAGAAAUUACCAAGUAACAACUACGGAAUGCCAUUCAUGGCUGUAGGUGGAUUUGAUGGAGAUUUGUUCUGCAUUUACAGUAUUUCUGGACAGGCAUUUUCAUGUUUAUCCAGAUGGUCAAUGGAGGCUAUGGCUGUAUUUGCUUUCUUUGCAACAAGUGAAUUGGAAAAUUGUACCUUUUUUGCUCCUAGUGUUACAUAUAUACGAAGGCACAAAAAUGAGAUUUGGUGAAAUACUUGGCUCCCCUUUCCUUCAAGGCUGAUCCUGUGGGUACUCUAUAAAUUUUUUUUUAAUAGUAAGAUUAUUAGUUCCACUGUAAUUAUCUGGUGAUCAAUUUGUUUCAACUGUUUUAAGUAAAAAAAAAUCCCAAAUA